AUGUACAAAGGCAUCGUCGUAUUGUCGGAAGCAAACCGCGGCCCACAAUAUGGCUAUGACACUGGCAGCGGUCGCUUAUUGUCAAGAGCCUCAACCACUCCACCGGAAGUUCUGAUUGAACAAUGGAAGCUUUAUCUUAUCGUUGCAUGUACGACACUCUCGGACAAGGGUGGCCAGCAGCAAUCAUCACCACCAAUAGCGCAGCACUACCGAAAGGGAUCAAAGCCAAAUCAGGCAUUGGAGAAGAUCACGUCCGCGAGGAUUCUUUUCAAGUAUCUCAUUCCGCUGCUUUCCGUGGGCCCGGCUUCAAUCAGGGAUGCAGUGGUUGUGGCGCUUGGGUCUAUUAAUAUUAAUAUUUAUAAAACAUUAUUAGAGGAGCUACAAAGCGUGGAAAUCUAUGAAGACGACUGGAUUUUAAAUAACCUUGUAGUCUACACGAAAGACCUUAAGAUUUUCCUGAUGGACGGGGAAGUUCAGUUGGAUUGGGAGUUUCAGAAGCUCCGUCGUCACUACUGUGGAUUAAUGGAAGAGCUUUUUGAGGGUAUCAAUCUCACCAAGGAUCCUUCUCGAUGGAUGACAUUCGAGUCUAGAAAGUCGUCCUUCGCUCUUAUGGAGGACUGGUGUGGCUAUUCGCCGAACCAAAAUCAAAUACGGCAGCGAGAGGAUAAUAUGAGGCAAUCUAUGAUCAAUCAACAAUCACUCGGCGAACGAGGCGUUGUGACAGCAGCCAUGGAGAUUGAGAAAAGGAAUCUUCGAACCGCAGCUCUUAGUGCAAUGGCUGCAUUAUGUGGAGGUCGUAUCAGUAUAACAACCGAAAGUGGAGCCAACCUGCAAUUUGACAUACGACGUAUGCUUUCAUGGGUCGAUACUAUUUUCAACACUGGUAGUGAUCGAAUGCAUGUCAUCGGGCGACGAGCGUUGAAAAACCUAAUCGUACACAAUAAGGAAUUUCCUUACUUACUAGAGCAUUCUAUCACCAGGUGUUAUCUUGCGGAGGCGGCAAAAGUAUUACAAAGCUAUUUUGGAGUUGUAACUGAGGUACUAAUCGAGUACCCAGACUAUCCAAUGCCUUUCUGGAGAUUGUUGGGGAUAGGGCUUUACACACUCGGAAGUGAAUUGAGCGACAUCCGAAUCAAAUCUGCUCGUAUACUACGUGCUUUAGAGGAGAGACAGCAAAGGAGUUCCAAAAUUCAAGAUUUUGACAUUAGCAUUUCAGAUAAAACGAAAGCAGUAUACAAGCUUGCUCAAUUCGAAAUCUCCAAGCGACUUUCAGCUAAUCACUCCGAAUUGGCAUUUCUCAUCUUCUCUGAGUUUACUAUGUACUUCAAGGAACUACAAGCUGGUCCACAAAGGAAUGUUGUUGCUGCCAUUCUACCAUGGAUUCAAAUCAUUGAACUACAGCUUGAUCCGAACGGUGGACCAACUGCGCAAUCAUAUGUCCUAUUAGCAAACUUGUUUGAGAUAACAAUCAGAUGCAGCAGCAGUCUCCACAAUGAAGUGCAGGCUUUGUGGCAAGCGCUUGCCACAGGCCCUCAUGCUGGUAACGUUCAAUUAGUACUAGAUUUUAUUAUGUCAUUGUGCCUCGACAGGCGGGAACAGAAUUUUGUGGAGUAUGCCAAGCAAAUCGUGGUGUUCUUAUCCAGCACUCCUGCCGGCGGUAAAGUCGUUGAAUUCUUAUUGAUGCAGAUCACGCCAAAAGCUAUGGUGCCCAAUGAGAAACGAGAAUUUUUGCCACCUCCGCCUGAUGUUGGAAAGCUGCCAUAUAUGGCAGAACUAUCGGAAGCUUUGCCAAUUGGGAAUAAACAAACAGGACUUUCGUUAGGGCAAUUGUCUUUGAUAUUGCUCGUCGAUUUGAUGGUAUCACCUGUUCAACUUGUGGCAGAAAACGUUCCGCUUCUUUUGCAGGUAGUAACUGUCCUCUGGGAUCAUUAUAUACCACUGGUACAAGAACAAGCCCGAGAAAUGUUGAUCCAUCUUAUCCAUGAGCUGGUCAUUUCUCAGAUUGAUGACGAGAGUACUGAUCCAAGUAAGAAUUCCAUUGAAGAUUUCAUCGAGUCAAUUCGUCGUCACGACCCCAAAGUUAUCUGGCACUACGACGACAAUAGUGGCAAGGUAUAUGAUCAAGAGAACAAAGUCCCCGCGGGUAUGGAACUUCUUACCAGAGAGGUAGUCAGAGAUUUCGAAGUAAAAUACCCUGGGAUACAAGAGCAGUGGGCUAAAUUAUCACUUACUUGGGCAACAUCUUGUCCUGUCCGACAUCUUGCCUGUCGAUCAUUCCAGGUCUUCCGAUGCACUCUUACUUCACUAGACCAGCCUAUGCUUGCCGAUAUGUUGAUAAGACUUUCAAAUACAAUUGCCGACCUGGAAAAUUCUACCCAAUUAUUUUCCAUCGAGAUACUUACGACAUUACGGACGCUAAUCCGUAAGCUCGAACCUGCUGAUCUACUUACUUUCCCACAAUUGUUCUGGACCACGUGCGCUUGUCUAGACACGAUAAAUGAACAAGAAUUCUUAGAAGCUAGUCAUAUGCUGGAGGAGCUUCUGGCAAAACUCAACUUGGAUGAUUCCUCCGUGAGAGACUUACUCGCCCAAGGACGACCUACAAGCUGGGAAGGUUCUUUUGGUGGAAUCCAAGCAUUGAUUUACAAGGGCGUUCGUUCAUCGGCAUGUCUUGAAACGACCCUCACCAUUCUCAAUAAGCUCGUUACGUUACCAGGUGACGAUCUUAUUGGCGACAACAGUCGAUUACUAUUUGCCGUGUUGGCUAAUUUCCCUGGCUUUCUCAAUGCUAUGGAUCAAAAGAAUAUCGACCAGAAGAGCAUACGAACGGCCGAACUCCUUGCGGCGGUUGCAGAAGCACAAGGCUGCAGUACCAUUUCAAGGGCUCUUAGCGGGUUUGCUGGAUCGCGUUAUCGUUCAAGUAAAGACUUUCUAGCGCAUAUACCAUGGUACAAGUUAAAGACGAUGCGCAUAUUAUGCGCUAUUAUCCCUGACAUCGACAUGAAAAAGCCGGAAAUUGCUUCUCAUGGGCCUGACCUUAUCUCACCUCUCCUAAGACUACUACAAACAGAAUUUUGCAUGGAAGCUUUAGAGGUACUAGAUCAAAUUAUGACAAUGACAGGAACCCCGAUGGACAGACACCACUUACGUAUGAGUAUGACGAGGUCAUCCUCCAGAGCAAUAAGGAAGGAAUAUGAUAACACUCAAAGUCUCUUUGGUAUCCCAGAAGAGUCUGGCUGGUCUAUUCCUAUGCCGGCAAAACAGGCCAGCAUCACAAGAGCUAAUGUGCAUGCUGUGUUUUACAUGUGUCAGAGUACUAAGAACACGGAUAAUGAAGUGGCUGCAACACCGGAUGUCGAGUUUCAUGUUGACGACUUCCAAUACGGCUACUUCCCGCCCCCCGAGAGAACUGAAACUAUGAUGUCAGAUGAAGCUCGAGGCGACGGAAAUAUUGGUGAUCUCAUGAUGAAGUUGGGCAGCCUAGACGACUUCUUUGAAGACAGUUUGCAGAGUCCCACAAGCGAUGGACGGUCUUCUAGAACAAUUACAGAAGUUGGAUUCUCGGGUGAGAGUUUCGAUUCUGCUGCCGCUCAAUUAUAUGACGAGCAAACUUUACCCAUUCUUCAUCAAUCACUCACCCAUUCAGCGACCAACUCUACUUUUCAAAAUGGCUUCGCUGAUUUAAGGCCAACACGGGAAUCAAGUAAUGCCAUGACACCAGCCGCUUUUAACCUCGUCCCUACCUCUAGACCGAGUUUACACGCUCGUGCUCUGACAUCACCUUCGGCAUCUUCAGGUCAACCUAACAUAGCUUACAUGUCAGACGAUGACUUUAGCGAAGAUGUUUUCUCGGAUGGUGAAGAUGACCGUACAACCACUUCAGGGGAAGGAUCAUUCUUUCUUGAGAAUAUGAUCAAACCUCUUGCAGCUGGCACUAGGUUAGGUAUGCGACGACUCACUGGUGGCCGAUCAAGGGAUAACGAACGUUUUCGAGAUAGUUUACGAGCGGAAAGGAGAGGCAUUUCUCAACCUCCUCGAUCACCACGAGUACCCAAAGUACCCACCGCAUACCUUCAGCCGCAGAAACCAUCAAGCCCCGAUGAGAGUGUAAUGUAA